UUUAAGUAUCAUUCCCUGAAAAAAUGGCUUCUAAGCUGCUUCUGCUUCUGCUUCUUGGCGCUGUUGUUUGCACCACUGGUUUUGCUAGGAAGCUUGUGAGCCAAAAGGAUUAUUUGGAGGAUGAGAAGACUUUCUUUAAUCAUCCUACAUAUGGUGGAGGGCUAGGUGGUGGGGGUGGUGGUGGUGGUGGCGGCUUGGGUGGAGGCGGUGGAGCUGGCUUUGGAGGCUUCGGUGGUGGCGGUGGCGGUGGCGGUGGUGGCGGACUAGGCGGUGGAGCUGGUGGUGGAUUUGGUGGGGGUGCUGGUGGUGGACUUGGAGGUGGAUUGCCCUAAGUUCAUGCAGAAGAAAUAAAUGUUCUCAUGCAUGGUUAUUGCAUGGAUCUUAAAUGUUCAAAUGUAUUAAUUUGUGAUGUAAUUUUACUUCAUGGCAUGUUCGCAUUAUUAUUUGUAUGAUGUUGAGUUCAAAUCUUAAUGAAGAAUAAGCUCUUUCCAUAUAUA